UGCAUGUUAAUGCCAAAUGUGAAUAGGGCCUGUCUGUGUUAAAUUGUCAUCAUAUCCAUCUAUCUACAUGUAUUUUCCUCUCAUGUUUCAUUCAUUCUCAUCUUCUCUGCAUUUUCCAGGCUUGGACUACAAAUGCGCCGAAAGUCUGUAAUCGAGGAGGCGGAUCGACAGAGUCUCAUAAGAGCCUUCGCCUCUCGUGCUAUUGCCGCUCACAAACUGUGUGGCGGAAAUGGAAAGUUACUCGACAAGUUGCCCAAGUCAGAAAGCAACAUCAGCUUCCUCUCAGAUGAACGGCCGCUCACCACACAAAAUCCACUUUACUGGGAUGGAGCGUCCAGUAGUCCAGAGCCCAACUCGGAGGUGCAAAGGGUCGGUGGGUUUCUAGACAGUGACAUCCCAUCUCCGACGAGCCCCAUCAGCCAGAUGACUUCUUGGUCAUUGCCGUCCCGUAUUCGAGGACGAGGGCUUUACGAUGCUCUGCGCCGGCAGGCACUCUGGGACCCCACUGAAUGGGAGGAGCAAGAGCUGAAGGCGGGGCUUAAGGACAGCAGGGAAGAACUUGAUACUGAUGUAGAUCAAAGUAGUCGAAGCACAGAAACAAAGCUGUCGGUCCGAGAACAAGCCAGACAGUUUGAGCAGCAAGCUUUAGCCGAACGGACACCCAGACAGAGCCGGGACUCUUACGCAUCUCUGGAUCCGGACGACCCACUGCUAAGCGCCUUCAUGUUCUCAUCCAGUCCAAUUUCUGUUGGCAAGGACAUCCCACCCUGCAUUAUCAUCACCGGGGGUGACGGCGAGACUCCUCCCCCACCCAUGGCUCAGCGGCCGACUCCACCCGUCCUGAGGAAGUUCAGCUCCAGUAUAUCCAAUUACAUGACGGUGGAGCCUUGUGAGAUCACAUUGGAAUUCAUAUCGGACUCUCCGGAAAGUCCUCCACCCCCUCAUCCUGUCCCAUCCUGCUCUUUUCUUUCUCCUCCACCUCUGCAACAGGACUUCACCCCACCACCAACCCCAACUCCUGUUCAGUCUCCUGUCUCAGUUCAGUCUCCAACUCCUACACCUAAACUAAGAGGGAUCCUCAAGAGCACGCCCAGAUCCGCUGACAGCAUUGAUGUGAAAGAUGGCAGCAGUUGCGAAGGAGGAAGUAAAGACUCCACGACUGUUGUGCUAAAAGAGCCAGAGUCUAAACCAGGCGAAACAGACAGCAGCCAAUCAGAAUCAGACUCUUCUGCUCAGCCCUCAAACCAACCAAUCCCAGUGGAAUGAGAGAUCGCCCCCCACCCCAGCCCUUCAUUUCUGAAUGAACUCUGGAACUCUUUUUUAAUACCUUCUUUCCUACACCUCCUCUGUUUCAUUACUUACUUUUUCAUCUAUUUUGAGGGCACUUUACUUU